AUGGCCAUUAUUCACAUCAAUUAUCUGUUUGGUGAAUUAAGGCCAUUCCUCAUAUUAUUCCAUUACAAACAUGUAAAAUCCAGUUUAUCUUUCAGACAAUUCCCUAAAGUGCGGCAGAAGAAGGAUUCUUGCCUGCAGAAGAGGAAGCGACCAGAAGGGGAAUUAACGGGAUCCACUUCCAAUGAGAAGCAGUAAGUAAAAUAUGACAUACAUUUCUAUUCCGCUUACAUUAAAGGGACACUAUAGGCACUCAGACUACUUCAUCUCAUUGAAGUGGUCUGGGUGAAUUGCCCCUGUUGGUUUAACUCUGCAAUGUAAAACACUACAGAGUUCUUCUAAACAGCCAGUAGAGCUGCUUCCUGAUCCCUAACAUAGUUUUACUCUGUGAAAGGACAUUGGACGUCCUCACGCUUUGAUUCAAUGCUUUCUUUGAGAUAUUUAAUGUGUGAAAGGUGAUCGCUGUGCAUUAGGUUCCACCAAUGCUGUGAUGUAGCUGGAGGAGACCAUGGCGCUGAAAAGAGGUAAGUUGGAAAAAAUUGUGUUUUAACCCGUUAUUCACUGGACUGUAAGGGAUGGGGGAACGAUUAAGUUAGAGACAGGGACAACACAGCAUUAGGAAUACAGUGUUCCUAAUGCUAUAGUCAGCAUUUAAGGAUGUGAUUUUCAACAUUGAACGCUUUUGAUUAUAUAAAAUACAUUCUGAUUUUGCUGGACGUUAGCUCUUGGGAGACAGAGAGCAAGAAAAAUUGCAUGAUUUACAUUGCAUUGUACUGACAGUCACUAGAGAUACUGUCUGAAUAAAACUUGGUCACAUGACGUGGAAGCCCAUAGGAGGGCAUUAAUACAAUGCUUUCCUAUGGGGAAGCUUUGAUGCACGCGAAGCACCAACAGCUUAUGAGAUCUAUACAGAGGAGGCAAUGUUUCUACAAAGACAAUGAGGGAUUAAAAGAGGUGAACAGCACAAGGGAGAUUGGACACUGGAAAAAGAUAAAUAACACGUUUAUAUAUUUUUAUUGCAAAUGGGAGGAAAUCUAUAUGUAACUAGAGACUAAGCCACUAACAGUCUUUCAUAACAAUAUAGUGUUUCUUUAAGGCCUGUCAUAUCCCACCACACCAUAUUAAUUAUAUCACUCCUCAGUGUUUCCCUAUAGAAAAAUAGUCAUUGCUAAAAUCCCAUAUUUGCAUAGAGUACAUAUGCAUACAGUAGCUGCACUGACACAAUGGAUUUUUAAAAAAGUGGUUUUAAGCAAUAAAAGACACACUUUAUGGACCAUCUGGUUUUUUUCCCACAACAGGUCUUCACCAGCUUCCAAACGAAGGACAAAAGAUGCUGACAUUGUCCCAGGACAGGAAGACGACCGGCACCUGGACAUCAAAGGAAGAGAGCAAAGGGAAGCUUUCUACCAACUUCUAG